AUGGCCCUUCCUCUACCAUUGUGAUACUUGUUGAUUUUGGUCGCUGCUUUUGUACCUGAUCCCCCCGUUGGCGUAUUUCCAUAUCAAGCGUAUGGUUUUAUUGAUAACAUGUGCACCUUGCUCAUGCUCUCUUCGUUAUUGCCAUUUCUCGCCUGCACAUCAAUUGCAUCGUGGGUCGUGGGUAAUUCUCAUCCUAUAUUAGAUCGUUCCCGUGCCCGAGAUCGACUCCUCGAUGGACUGCACUGUCUUGAACCCGGGCGAGUGUCUAGUCAAGUACUUUGAGGAUAACAAAUAUUCGGUUGUGCCCUUUUCAGAUCUGCAGCCCUUUGUGCCGACAACUAUCCCGUUUCUCGAGUUCGAACUCAAAGCCGGCCAAAAGUUCCUCAAGAAUGGAGGCGUGGUGAAUGCUCUCGCCUACCUGGAGUCGGGCAAGGUCAAGCGCAAGUUUUCCUGGCACCGCUGGGGUACCGCUCAAGACCAGGAACUGAGUCUCGAUCUGAACAAACACAAGACCAUCAACUUGCCCCUAGUUUCGGACGAAGCGUUCGUCGAGAUCCAGCAGCAGCAGCCCCAGGGCGGAGCCUUGUCCUCGGCAUCAUCUUCGCCCACCACCUCGACCAAGAGCUAUUCAAACAGCGAAGCCGACAGCAAGGAUCAGACUGUAUCGGUUACAUCUUCCAUAUCAGGAUCGGCGUUGAGCUCAACAGAGGAAAAGAUGUCGUCCACAGCUCACAGUUCCCGUGGCGGGGGCCUUAAGAAUGGACUACAGCGACCAUUGGGCGGUAUGGGAUCGCAAUCGUCCACUUUGCUUCCAUCGCCGGUUAGCCUGGCCGAUCUGGCGACAGAGCCGAUGGACGAAAUAGAGUUCAGUCCCCGAUCGGCCAAGGCAAAGGGAGAGGCAAAAGACAGUCCUACCGCCGCCACGACCACUGCAGGCAGGUCACGGUCCCGCCGCGGGAGCCGAGAUAACGAGAACAAGGCCUCGGCGACUUCCAACACAGAGAAGGAUACAACCAAGCGAUCCCGGAAUGCAAGCGAGCAGUCGUCCAGUUCUUCAUCUCCCACCGCAUCCUCAGUAUCUAGCGCAAUUUCGUCUGCCACUGCGGCAACCGCAACGCUGACCCUGGACACGACCGCAGUUGAGGGCACCAAGCGGCGGAAAACGACGUCGGAGCCUGCUGCAUCGAAUGAUACUCAUAAUGGUGCACCGCAAGCUGGACCAGUCUCGGCUCGAACAUCCAGGCAAGGAUCGGUCGAGCCUAGCUCAUCACCGCGAUCGACUCGACACUCUUUCCGCAAUGCAAAGUCGUCCGAGAACAAGGAUCAACCUGAGUCACCACAAGAAGUAAUGGCGCCCAUAAGACUGCAGACACAACGCAUGACGAGACAACGAUCUGCACCCAAGAGCGCGAGCUCGUUACCCUCGUUGCCCCCACCUUCACCCGUACAGCCUGACAAGGCGAAUAGUAUCAAAGAGGAAGUCAUGGCUGAGCCGCCUUCCAAUACCAAGAGCGAAAGUGAUCAGGUUGACAUGGCGAUGUCUGCUAAGGCGGAGCAAAAAGACCAGGGCGAUAACACAACGAAAACUGAGGGCGGAUUGACUGCCAUGGAUAUCGGCGUCCCAGAUUUGACCACGAAGUCUGAUCAAGAACGAGAACCGUCCUCAUCUGCACCACCGUCCUCUCUGGUUUCCACUACGACGUCGUCCUCGUCGUCACCUUCAUCAAUAGGACUCGAGGAAGCAGGAUCAACAUCGUCAUCCUCAAACAAUGAGCUGAUGCAGUCAUUAGAGCAGGAGCGGCGAGAGAUGGACUAUAGCUUUGAGCAUGUGUUGCCUACACUGGCGCUUGGAUCGAAGGAGCGUGAGGCCUUUUAUGAGAACUGCAUGGAUCAUCUCCAAAGGCUACGACAGGAACACCGACGUCUGAAAGAAAUUUUGAAGAACUCUGACUACAUACCCAAGGGACGACGGGCGACGCGGUCUUCACCGCAGUAUCAUGCCCAUCAUCAGCGUCAUGGUCACCAUUAUCAUCUGGAGGAGAAAACCAAUCGUCGGCAUUCGCCUGUGCCCUCGAGAAACAACUCUUCGUCAUCUUCGAACGGCCAUGGCAGUGGCGCCGCAAACCAUAAGGAGACUAAGGAGACCAACGGCAGCAAUGGCAUAGCUUCGAAAUCGAAAGCGGCCGAGGCAUCCGCAGCAUCAUCCACAACAACGGCGGCAACAGAAAAAGAACCGGCAGCAUCAACAGUACUGUUCUAUCAAGGAUCGACGCCGUCGUCAGCGAUCUUGACGUCGAACAUCGCGACGACAACACGGCGAUCUGCAGCAACUGCAGCGGCAGCGGCUGUGACAGCAACGGUGUUAAGAGGCCGACAGAGUUAUAACAAUAAUGGCAUCAGUCAAUUGAAUGCAGACAAGGGUACAUCAGAGUCAGGUUAUUCGAAAAAGCGAGGCACAGCAGCAGCAGCAGCAGCAGCAGCACAGGCAGCCGCUACGGCAGCAGCACAGGCAUCCCAAGGCAUGAGCGACGGUGUAGGAUCAACUGUGACGACACGAGCCAAGCGACGACAGCGGUGAGCUAAGGGACGACAGCAUUGGUCUAUGGUACAAAAAUAGCUGAUUCAACCACAGGGGCACCAUUCUUUUUCAUUUUUCAUUUUUAGUUUUUCUUUGCUGUUUCUUGCUGU